AUGAGAUUUAAAAAUAUUAUAAAUAACAAGUAUAUAUUUCAAAGAGUGGUACACUUCAUUCAUGAAGGUCACCAUUUAUAUGCUUGCAAGUACAGAAAUAAUGAGAUUGACGAUGCAUUAUGGCUGGUGCAAACAGGGAGUUUCGAAAUCUUGAGGAAUAAGAUAUUGUUGGAUGGCGUCAGUACUGAUGAUCUAUGCUAUCGGCUGUUGUAUUGGCCAGUUGAAUCACUGUCAAUACUAUUCGAAAAACAACGAUUCGAUAUCAUAGAGUUGUUGCUUGCCAACAGGAGUGUUGGCUCAUUGCAAUACUGUUUCUUCACAACCGAUGUCAUUGACAAAGCAGUUGCAUCGAGUGCACCGAUCUCACUACUUGAGAGAAUCAAUAGUCUGUUGCCAAGAUCGAUUACAUGGCGAUGUUAUUCUAGUGCUGCGCAGGCCGGUCGUCUAGAUGUCAUCGAGUGGCUGAGGAAGAGUCGUGCCGAUAUCUUACCGACUGGCGAAGCAACUGUUAAUGCAGCUGCCAAUGGUCAUCUUCAUUUGAUCAAAUACUUUCAUGAAAACGAUGGUUGGGCAACUUUUAGCAAAAAGGUGCUCGAUGCUGGUAUUAAGAGUGGAAACCGUCAACUCAUAGAUUUUAUCCUUGACAAGAGACCUGAAGGAUUGUCGAACGAAUCAAUCGAUCUACUUGCAGCCAAUAGUGAACUACACGACAUGAUAUUCACAUUGGUAAGAAACAAGUCCGUCGAUGCACAAUGUACCUACAAGUCUCUGGUGCAUGCCUGUCGAUUUGGCAAUUUGAAGCUGCUCAAGUUCCUAAUGGAGAAUGAAAAGAAGUUGACUUCUGUCAGUCAAGUACCGUUUACCAAGAAAGAUAUAGACUGUAUUGGAAGAACCGAGUCAUCGUUGUCGACUGCAAUCAGAUAUUGUAAUGUCAAUUGUUUUGACUACCUUUCCAAACUACCGGUCUACAAGAGCUACAUAGGAAUUGUAACGACACAACUUCAUAAUAAUCUACUAGUAUCCGAUCAGAUAUCUCCGGACAAACAUAUGGAAUUGUUUCAAUAUCUAAAGUUGGGAAAGUACACAUUCGAUAUCGAGUCGAUAAACAUUGCCGUUAUUCUUGGUGACAUUAAGUUGUUUGAUUUGGCGAUGACCCAAUUUGGUAAUUGCCUAACGUAUGCCAGCAUUGUUAAACUAUUUCAGAAUGCUGUCGGAUAUGUACAUCUUGAAAUGACGCUAGAACUGUACAUUAGAUAUGUGAUUAACAAUACUGGAGCUGUUGGACAAGGAAUUGCAUUUGGAUUGAAAAUGAGACGAUUAAAUCCGACACCACCCGCCGACUUAAUAGAGAUACUCGAGCGGCUACAUCAUUUUCCAAAUCAUCCAUUGAGACUGGCUCCAAGCCAGGUGUAUGAGGCUGCCAGGACAUCAGAGGAGAUGCUGCGAUACUUAUUCACUUUCUAUUCAUCCGAUAGUGAUGUAUCAAAAUAUUCAUCUUCAUACUUGGAUACGGCAGCUGGUUUUGGAUGUCUUGAUAUCGUGGAACACUGCUCAAAAGGAAUACACUCGGAUGAAUUGAAAAAAUGUUACUAUACUGCUGCUGCACGUGGACAACUUCAUAUACUCCAGUAUCUCACCAGUGAACACAAUAUCAAAGGUGACCAAAAGUCACUUGUAGAAGCGAUUAAACAGGGUCAUCUCAAAGCUGUAGAAUACAUCCAUCGAACUGGUAUCAAUACACAGGUAGACACGUCAAUGUUGAACACCGACAAGAUUCAAAUGAGCCAUCAUCUUGCUAGUCUAAUGGAGAUUCAAAAUAGUCGCAACACUUUUUCUAAGAAGCUAUAUGGCAGCGACGAUGAUGACGAUUACGUACAAUCCUCGCAAUUUCAGAAAACACAAAGAAUAUCAGCGAUAAAGAAUCUGUCACAGUUGAAGCUAUUUUUCUCAAAGUGGUAUCUAGAGUCAACCAGUUGUAAAAUCAGUAUUGAUUUAAAUACGAUCCACUCAUUGAUAACCACCAACAAAAUCGAUCUACUUGUAUUUCUAUUGGAGGAAGUAAAAUACAAUCACUUUGAUAAGAAUAUUUUCGGUCGUGCUGGAGACAACAUCAACGCAAGUCUUUUUGGCUCGAUAUAUGGUGAGUGGUUUGGAGGUGCAGAUGCUGCAGUUCAAGAUUUACUGUUGAACGACGUGUGUAACGUAGAUUUCAAUGUUUGGAUUCAAUACGAUGACACUGAAUGA